AUGAAAUUAUGUCUUAGUGAUACUGCUAUUAAUUAUAUUCUACAAAACGAAUUAACAUCAACGAUUUUCUUCGACAUUUUGGGUGCCUUAUUAUCUGUCGUAAACGACCAAGAAAAUGGUGAUAAUAAUCUCCAUUUAAACAUUUUAUCAAUCAUGGCUAUUGCGAAUAUCUUAUGGAGUGUUUCAUUUCAUCAUCGAUAUAAAAUUGAUCGGAUCGAAAUGUUUGAAAUGCUAAACAGACUUGAAGCAUUGCGUUUAACCAGUAUAAUCGAUAAGGUAGCACCGAACAUUUUUAUACGUCGACAUAUGUCUUCAUUAAAAAAGAGUGAUUGA